CCCGGCCGGGACCACCUUACGGACCCGCUCCCCGCCCUCUCGGGGGCGAUAAAUGCCGACUCCGCUCCGGGGAAACGUGCAGAACUGCGGCGUUGCUUGCUCUGGGCUCGGCUGCCGCAGGCCAUAGACUUUGGGGGACUCCGGCGCAGGGCCUCGUUGCUCCCCAUCUUCCUUUCCUCCAAGCGGGGGUCUGGGGGCUCCGAGCCUCUCUCGUCGCCCAGCGCAGACCCUCGGCGAGAGCUCGCCACCCACCGGAGACGAUGCUGAAGGUGCGGGUUCUGCUCUUCGUCUUCGGAAGCGCUUCGCUCGGGCUCCUGGCCCAGGGAGCUUCCACGAGCCAACCGGAAGAUGACAUCGUCACCAUGGGGACAGAAGGUGGCUCGGUGACCCUUGGUAUUGAAGAUGGCACCAAGACUCCGGGUGCAGAAGACACCACGAAAGAGGCCACUGGCUUGACAACUCUGGGAGACCUCAAACAGACAGUGAGUGGAGAAACGCAAACAAUCAUUGAGAAAGAUGGUUUGGCAACGAUCACUCUGGUUGGCGUCAUUGUGGGGGUCUUGAUAGCCGUUUGUCUCGUUGGUGGGGUCAUCCUUGUGGCUGUGCGCAGGAUGUCUGGAGGAUACUCGUAA